AUGUUUACAACAACUAAGUUGACCUACUUUUCUCCCCCUGCUGAUGGCUCCGGAGCCUUUGCCCACAUAAACGCCGAUCCAGCUACCGGGGGGCGACCAAAGAACUGGAAUGAGGACAUCCGAGUCGCCCAGAUAGAAGACAUCCGCGGGAAGGAGGUCGAGUAUAGCCUUGAUGUCUCUGGAUUCCAGUACUAUCGCCACCAGGCCAAGCACACCAAAUUCACGAAUGAUAAAGAGAUAGAAGAAGAAUACUAUCCAGAAAGCGUCGAACUUCUCAAGAAGUUAACCGGUGCUAGCAGGGUGGUAAUCUUUGAUCACACUAUCCGCCGCAGGCGUCCUGGUGAGGUUGAUGACAACCCGCACAAACGCCAACCUCUUGCACUCGUCCAUGUUGAUCAAACCGAGGGGUCUUCCAUUGUUCGAGUACAUAGACAUCUUCCUGCCAGAGACGUACCUGGCCUUCUUCGUGGUCGUUUCCAGAUCAUAAACCUGUGGCGUCCGAUUUCUCAUCCGGCAGUCGACUGGCCACUGGCUGUCUGCGACUUCCACAGUCUUGUCAUGAAAGAGGAUCUCCUUCCAGUUGCACUCAUCUAUCCUGACCGGGAGGGUGAGACGCACGGUGCCAAAUACAGUCCCAACCAGAAAUGGAUGCACAAGAGUGCUAUGGAUCCAGAGGAUUUCGUCUUGUUUAAGUGGCCAGUUUUCGAUUCCGUUCAAGAUGGUAGCGUUGCUAUCUUGACACCACACACCGGCUUUGAAGACCCGAAAACCCCGAAGGAUGCUCCUCUCAGGGAAUCCAUCGAGCUCAGGGCCCUCGUGUUUUAUGAGAACUGA